CGUAGAAUAUUACGUUAUCGGGGGACUUUUAAGUCAAUUACUAAACCCUAAACUUUUUAAAGUAGUUCGUCGCCGGUGAUAACCUCUUUUCGUUUCCUCUAACAGCUGCUCUCAGCGAAGAAGAAGAAGAUCCACUAAACCUUAACAGUCUGCAGCAAUGUCGAGGAGAAAGACAAGAGAACCCAAGGAGGAAACAGUGACUCUAGGACCAGCUGUGCGUGAUGGUGAGCAAGUCUUUGGAGUUGUUCAUAUCUUUGCUUCCUUCAAUGACACCUUCAUCCAUGUGACUGAUCUGUCUGGAAGGGAAACUCUCGUUCGUAUCACUGGUGGAAUGAAAGUGAAGGCUGAUCGUGAUGAGUCCUCUCCUUAUGCUGCUAUGCUUGCUGCUCAAGAUGUUGCUCAAAGAUGCAAGGUUUGAAUCUAUCUCUUUCUUUUGGAUUCCCCCUUUGGACAAUGUUGUAGCGGAUACUCUCGCAAAGUCGGCUUUAAGACUCCUUGUAACUUCUCCUGGUGGAGAGUAACUUUCCUUUUUCUUUAAUCAAGUAGUUCGUUCAAAAAAAGAUACUAAGCAUCAAGUUACCAUCGGCUUAGAGUCUAGGUUUUCUAUAAUACUUCAAGAUAAUAUUGUUUUCAUUGCUUUUUUUUUUUUGUAACACAUUGUUUUCAUUGCUUAGAACUCUAAAUUAGCAUAUGAGAUAGACAA